UUUGAUAUUUCCCUGCAGCAGUUCAGAAUUUGCAGACUAAAUUCAACAUCUGUUGGUGGGACAUAGCAUCUGGAAAUAUAUUACACAUUUCAUCAGACUGCAUAUCAUGGCAUCAGAAAGAUUACAGAGCACAGUGUGUCAAGAAGAAGACUUUGACGCCCUGCUGAAAGAAUUCGAUGUGGUUCUGGAAGACUUCCAGUCUCCCUUCGACCAGAAGCAGAUGCAGUACGAACAACACCUGCAGGAAAUGAAGCUGCUGGUAACAAACAGCAACAAAUUCAUUGACAGCGAAGAAUCAGACAGUGGAAAUUCAUCGCCUGGUAGCAGCUUAAACUGCAGUGAGGAGAACUUGAACGUGCCACCAGUGACCAAAGCAAAACUUGGUGACACAAAAGAUCUGGAAGAUUUUAUUGCAGAUUUAGACAAAGAACUGGCAGAAAUGUAGCUGAACCAAGUGAAAACAACUGCCAUCUCUUCAUCACUCAUCUUCUGAAGAAAUCAUUGGACUUUGUUUAAUCUCAUUGAUUUAUUCAUUCAGCAGUUUCUCACAGCGAUUAGUGCACUGAAGAAUGGUGACCUAUCCCACCAGAAUCAAGCAAAAGCCUGCAGAUUUCCAGUGGUACCCCUACCAUAAUUUGCCUUUGAAGCCAUGCAUAACACAGACAUGACAUUAGUAAUGCCCAUUUGCUGUUCAAGGAUAACAUUGUCUAUUGUAUCUCAAAACAGUCAAAUAAGCAGCAGUAAUUAAAAAUGCUCAUGGCAUCAGAAGCAAAUUUAAUUUCCUUUUUAUUUUUGUUUGUGGACAUUUAAUCAGGCUGUAAUUUGUCAUGGCUUUAAGACAACUGAAAGUGAAACAUUUGUAAAGACAAUGAACUGCAUUUCUGAAGUUCCCAUCACGUGUUGUAGUUAUGCAGUUUUUAUGGAGACCCAUGCAUAUUGUUUAAACUUGCCUUGCUGUGAACCAGUAGGCUUUUUUUUUCUUUGAUUUGCAUAUAUUAGAUGAGCAACAUAUCCACAUGUUGUACUCAGAUAAAUCAUAGCGAGGGGGCCAGAUACAUUAAAACUUCAAUAUACAUCCACUACAACUGCACUACCAGUCUAUUUUGUGCAGAAAACUCAGUCCAUUUUAACAAAGAUGGCCAGCUAUUCUUGGUGGUACCUCCUGUUAAAGAAAAUUCUGUACGUGUGAGGUUUAGAACUCUGACUAACAAAAGCAGCAGACAGUGUGAUGAGUCUCCUUUGGGCUGCCCUGAGUAACGUACUGUACAGUUCUGUGUCCCAUUUCCCUACAGUGUAUGAACUGAUGGUCAUGCUGAUGGUCAUUUCUACACCGUUUACUCUAAAUUUUAAACAGCAUGAUUAUUUCUUGACCCUGACAAAGUUGGAAAGCAUCUCUAUAACCCACUCUUGCACAUUUCUGAACCUGAUCCCAUUGUAUGUUGAAAGAAUUUUGCAAAGAUGCAUUCACGUUACCCCAUCCUAUAUAAAAGUGUCUGGUAGCAUUCAACUAAACUCUUGAAAUAUUUCACAAAUGUGUUAGGAAAAUAGACUAUAGCUCCUCCUGUAUGUCUGUGUUAUCUGCACUUUGCAAAACCUUUACUAGAAGAAACGUCUUUCAGAUGUUUACUGCAUACCAUCAGGUUCUGUUCUCACUAUUUACCAAAGAGUUGUUAUUUCCAUCAACUUAUUCCAGACAGAGUGAAGUGCCUGAUGCACUCAGUACUUGCCAUCUCAACUGAAUAACUGUUCCAAGAACCAUCUAAUUUUCAACAAUUUUCACAUUCCUUCUGAGCUAACUCUCUGGUUGCAAAACGUUUGAGUUGUUAUUCAUGGAAAAGAAUUUCUAUCACUUCUGUUUGAUGAGUGAAUUAAGGAACGGUAAAGUUUCCUGUCCAUGCUUCCCCCUGUUAUUUCUGCCUUUCAUGAGCCCUUAAUAAGUACUGAGGGGUGUUCUCCAUAUGAACUCAAUCAAGAUUAAGAAAGUAUUAACAAAAAUAAAGAACUGACAGAUACAUAAAAUAACUUCAACAUAUAAUUAUAUUUUCUGACAAGUCAUAUCCAGUUACUCAGGGUUUUUCUUGAAGUCAGUCUAAAGUAUGAUCUUGCUAAAUUUUUUUUUGUAAUUUAUUGUAAAUAUCUUAAGUUAAAUUUAUUGUAUAAAGAUGUAUGUUUUUUACUGCACCAAAAAUUGUAAAGUUUGUUUAGUGUAUUCAGAAAUGCAAAACGUAUUGUUCAACCGAUUCUUCUUUUUUUUACAUUAAAGUUCGGAAAAUACA